AUGAAGGCUUUCUUCUUCGCAGUUGCACUGUUUUUGCUCCUUUCCAUCACACUGCAGGAUUCCUCCCCUGUGACUCCAACAAGCUGCGAUGCUACUGAGCCCUUGGCUGAGAAAGCUCUAGACCUGGUCAAUAAAGGACGACAGGAUGGCUACCUUUUCCAGUUGCUGCGGGUCGCUGAUGCCCACUUGGACAAAGCGGAAUCCACAACUGUCUAUUAUUUAGUUUUAGAUGUGGAAGAAACCGAUUGUUCAGUCCUAUCCAGGAAACACUGGCAUGACUGUAAGCCAGAUGUGUCUAGACGUCCAUCUGAAAUAGUGAUCGGAAAAUGUAAGGUAAUAGCUACAACACAUUCAAAUGAACAUCAGGAUCUUAAAGUGAAGGACUUUAAUUGCACCACAAGUUCUGUCUCUUCAGCAUUGAGCAAUACCAAAGAUAGCCCCGUUCUUCUGGAUUUCUUUGAGGAUACUGACCUCUACAGAGAACAAGCUGACAAAGCCCUUGAGAAGUAUAAAGGAGAGAAUGCUGACUUUGCACAUUUCAGAGUGGACCAGGUGGAGAGAGUGGCGCGAGCAAGAGGAGAGGAAGGAACCAAUUACUAUGUGGACUUCUCUGUGAGGAACUGCUCUGCUCAUUAUUUUCCCAGACACUUUAAUGCUUUUGGAUUCUGCAGAGCAGAUUUGUACUAUGUUGUAGGAGCCUCUGACUUGGAAACCCCAAAAGAUAUUGUCAUAAACUGUGAAGUGUUCAACCUUGAGGAACAUAGAAACAUCAGUGGCAUACAUCGCCUUUUGGGUCAUCUCCUCUUCUCUAAUGGACACAAGCAUCCUCCUCCUGGCCAGUCUCCAUUCAAGGCCAAUGGAUCCAAACAUCACCAUCAUUCCCACAAAUCACAUAAACCUAGAUGCCCAGCUCCUGGGGAAGACAAAAGUGACUCAGACAGACCAGUGUCUCACGAAGGAGAUCUUCCUUCAGGGUCAAGAUGUCAUCACUCCCAUUUUAGUAUUAAUGGAACCCGUGGACCCUUUCAUAAUCACAAUUCCAGUGAGCACCAUCCCCAUGGACACCAUCCCCACGGACACGGUCCCCAUGGACACCAUCCCCAUGGACAUGGUCCCCAUGGACACCAUCCCCAUGGACAUGGACACCGUCCCCAUGGACACCAUCCCCAUGGACAUGGUCCCCAUGGACACCGUCCCCAUAGACAUCGUCACCGUGGACGCCGUCCUCACCACCGUCCCCAUGGCCAUGAUUUCCAUGAUUUUGGACCCUGUGACCCACCACCCCAUAGCCAAAGUCACCAUCACCCAGGCCAUGGCCCACCUCAUAGACAAUCAGAAGAGAGAGGUCCAGAUAAGGGACACUUUCACUUCGAAAGGAGACAAAUUGGAUAUGUUUACUCACUCCCUCCACUGAAAAAUGAUGAAGUUCUACCUUCACCUGAAGCCAAUUUUCCCAUCUUCUCAAUGCCAAACCACAACUCUCAAAAGCCAGAGAUUCAGCCUUUCCCUCAAUCAGUCUCUGAAUCAUGUCCAGGGAAGUUCAAGAGUGAGUUCCCCCAAGUCUCCAAGUUUUUUGCAGACACAUUUCCAAAAUAA